AUGACUGAAAUUCAAGCAAUGGUAGAAUUCUCCGUGGAGCUAAACAAGUUCUACAAUGUGGAUUUAUUUCAGAGAGGUUUUUACCAGAUCCGUGCAUCUAUGAAAAUUCCACCAAGAGUUCCCCACAGAGUAGAAGCUAGUUUGUUUCAUGCAACAGGUACGUCUUUAGCCUUUCCAGCUUCAGUUCAUGAUUCUCUGGUUUGCAGUAAAACAUUUCAAAUUCUAUAUAAAAAUGAGGAGGUUGCUUUAAAUGAUGUUAUGAUCUUCAAAGUUAAAAUGUUGUUGGAUGAAAAAAAGAUUGAAGAAACUCUUGAGGAAAUGGGUUUUCUGUUAUCCUUGGAUUUGCACUUUACAGAUGGAGAUUAUUCGGCAGAUGAUCUGAAUGCCUUGCAACUAAUAAGUAGCCGAACAUUGAAGCUGCACUUUAACAUCCAUAGAGGUCUUCAUCAUCAUGUUAAUGUUAUGUUUGAUUAUUUCCACCUUUCUGUUGUGACUGUUACAGUCCAUGCAUCUUUGGUUGCACUACACCAGCCACUAAUAAGCUUUCCUCGCCCUGUGAAGACUACUUGGUUAAAUAGAAAUGCACCAGCACAAAACAGAGAUUCUGUGAUUCCAACUCUUGAAAGUGUGGUCUUCGGUAUUAACUACACAAAACAGCUAUCACCAGAUGGUUGCAGCUUUAUUAUUGCAGACUCCUUCCUACAUCAUGCUUAUCAUUUUCAUUAUACACUUUGUGCCACUUUGCUGCUAGCCUUCAAGGGAUUGCACAGCUACUUCAUCACGGUAACAGAAGAGAUACCCUCUUGUCAGAAACUAGAACUAGCCAAAGCCAACAUGCAGGUCCUUUAUGAACGCCUCCUCAGAAGAAAACAGCCACGAUCCCAGAAAGACACCUGUCUAGAGGAUAUGGAUGUAGAAGCUCGGCUUACUGAACUAUGUGAAGAAGUUAAGAAAAUAGAAAACCCUGAUGAACUGGCAGAACAUAUAAAUAUGAAUCUUGCACAACUUUGUUCACUUCUAAUGGCUUUAUGGGGACAAUUUCUGGAAGUUAUAACGCUACAUGAAGAACUACAUCAUUUAUUAGCACAAGAAAACCAUACUUUGAGGGUACGCAGAUUUUCUGAGGCAUUCUUUUGUUUUGAACAUCCAAGAGAAGCUGUCAUUGCAUACCAGGAACUUCAUGCUCAGAGUCAUCUACAGAUGUGCACCGCUAUCAAAAAUACUUCCUUCUGCAGUUCUCUUCCACCCCUACCUAUUGAAUGUAGUGAAUUAGAUGGAGAUCUCAAUUCAUUACCUAUAAUCUUUGAAGAUAGGUAUUUAGAUUCAGUUAUUGAAGGUAAACUUGAUAUCUCCCAGGACGAUAGUGAAAUUACACAAGUGGAACUCAAUGUGGCAACCAGAAGUUUAUCAGACGAUUGCCAUGAUCAUCAAGCAAUUCCAUCUUCAGCAGUUAGAACAAUUGAAGUAAAUCCCAGUAAUAAAGAUCUUUUCAGUGCAGAGGAAAGAACUGUUAAAAUAGGUCCCUGGACAGAGCUUCAACAAGAUGAAAUACUUGUGGAUAAUUUACAGCUACCCAACUUUGAGUCUUUAGAAUCUAAUGGUAAAUCUAAAUCUAUAGACAUAACACUUGAAAAGGAAUCUUUGCAGGAAGUUAAGUGCUGUUCUGUUGGAGAAUCAUUAGCUAAGUUAAGAAGUAAUCAACCUGCUUCUUCUACAAAAGAAUAUCAUGUUGUAGUAAGUGGAGACACAAUUAAGUUACCAGAUAUUAAUGCCACAUAUGCUUCAUCUAGAUUUUCAGAUUCAGGUGUUGAAAGUGAACCAAGUUCUUUUGCAACACAUCCUAACCCUGAUGUAGUGUUCGAAAUUGUUCAAGGGCAAGGUCCUUACAAUAAUGAAAGAUUAUUUCCUCAGCUUUUGAUGAAACCUGAUUAUAAUAUAAAAUUUUCAUUAGGAAGUCAUUGUACUGAGAGUACAAGUGCUAUAAGUGAAAUACAGUCAUCUUUGACAUCCAUAAACUCUCUACCUUCUGAUGAUGAACUGUCACCUGAUGAAAAUUCUAAGAAAUCUGUUGUGCCCGAAUGCCAUUUAAGUGAUAGCAAAACGGUUUUAAACCUGGGAACCAUUGAUUUGCCAAAAUGUGAUGCUAGUAAAAACUCAAGUAUUGUUUUACAACAGCAGAGUGUCAUAUUUUCAGGGCAUUUGGACAAUGAAACUAUAGCAAUAAGUUUCUUAAAUUCAAGCACUAAAGACCCUUUACAAGUUGUUUUUUCAGAUGAAGAUAUUUCCAGUGUUGUAAAAAGUAGUUGCAACUCCAAACAUAAUUUGGACACUAUGUGUAAAGACUCCCAGAAUCCUGAUAAAUCUAAUAACCUUGCAGGAACAGCAGUUACAUUAAAUUCAAAACCGGUUUGUUUAGGCUCCCCUUGUGUUGUUUCAGGUUCCUUUUCUACUCAUAUAGAAGUUAGUGAAGAUAGAACUGUGAAAAGAAAAAAUAGUGAUGUAUUAGACCUCAAACAUAUAAAUUCAGAAGCCCCUACAGUUGUAAGUGAAACUCAUCUGGGUACAAGUGACCCGUUUUCAGCUAGUCCUGAUAUGGUAAAACAAGGGCUAGUGGAAAAUUAUUUUGGCUGUCAAAGCAGUACAGAUAUUUCUGACACAUGUGCUAUUAGCUUUAACAAUUCACUUAGCCCUCAGAAGGAAACUCCUGAAAAGGGAAUUAGUAAUCUUCAGCAGGAACAGGGUAAAAAGGAUGAGGAGGAAGAGCAGGAUCAACAGAUGGUUCAAAAUGGGUAUUAUGAAGAAACAGAUUAUUCAGCUUUGGAUGGAACUGUAAAUGCUCACUAUACAAAGAGUGAUGCACUAGAAGAAGAAAGACUUAUAAAAUCUGAAAACAUAAACAGCCAAUUUCUGAGGGAUGGUAUAAGUAUGCCUGCUGUCUGUACUUCUGGUUGUUUGUCCUUCCCGUCUGCACCAAGAGAGUCUCCUUGUAGUGUUAAGCAUCCUUCUAAAAGUAAAUUUGAUGCCAUUACAAAGCAGCCAAGCAGCGCUUCUUUCAACUUCACUUCAUCUGUUUCCUGGUAUGAAAAUUCACCAAAACCUCAAAUACAAGCCUUCCUUCAGGCAAAAGAAGAAUUGAAGCAACUUAAACUCCCUGGGUUUAUGUACAGUGAUGCUCCUCUGCUGGCAUCCUCAGCCCCUUACUUUAGCACGGAAGAAGAGGGUGGUUCUGAAGAUGGAGUACAUCUCAUUGUCUGCGUGCAUGGUUUAGAUGGUAACAGUGCAGAUCUGCGAUUAGUAAAAACUUAUAUUGAACUUGGACUGCCGGGGGGAAGAGUUGAUUUUCUUAUGUCUGAGAGAAAUCAGAAUGAUACUUUUGCUGAUUUUGAUAGCAUGACUGACCGUCUUCUGGAUGAGAUAAUACAAUAUAUUCAGAUAUACAGUCUAACAGUUUCAAAAAUAAGCUUUAUUGGACAUUCGUUGGGCAAUUUAAUAAUUCGUUCCGUGCUUACAAGGCCAAGGUUUAAAUAUUACCUCCACAAACUUCAUACAUUUCUGUCUCUUUCUGGACCUCACCUCGGUACACUCUACAACAGCAGUGCUCUUGUUAAUACAGGUCUGUGGUUUAUGCAGAAAUGGAAAAAAUCAGGUUCUCUUUUGCAAUUGACAUGUCGAGAUCAUUCAGACCCUCGCCAAACUUUCUUAUACAAGCUUAGUAAUAAAGCGGGGCUUCAUUAUUUCAAAAAUGUUGUGCUAGUGGGGUCGCUGCAGGAUCGUUAUGUUCCUUAUCACUCUGCCCGCAUUGAAAUGUGUAAAACAGCUUUAAAGGACAAACAGUCAGGACAGAUCUAUUCAGAAAUGAUCCACAAUUUGCUUCGCCCAAUUUUGCAAAGCAAGGACUGUAAUUUGGUUCGAUAUAAUGUCAUCAACGCAUUGCCUAAUACAGCUGACUCACUCAUUGGGAGAGCUGCACAUAUAGCUGUUCUUGAUUCAGAAAUAUUUUUAGAGAAAUUCUUUCUGGUUGCUGCUCUCAAAUAUUUCCAGUAG